GUCUUCGAGGCGAUGGAGGAGCGGGCCGUGCACCCGAGCCUCUUCACGUACAACGCGCUCGUCAGCGCGUGCGGCCGCAGCGGGGACGCCCGGCUGCAGAUGAGGGCGCUUGACUUCCUCGGGGAUUCUUUCGCGGCGCCUGACCCCGGACGCCACCACGUUCACCGCGCUCAUCGGCGCCUGCGGCCGCGCGAGGGAGCCCGGGCGGGCCGCGGAGCUCCUGGAGGACAUCCAGCCGUGGCCCGCGGACGAGGACGACGUCGACACCAGGCUGCGCGUCCUGUUCGACGCCAGGCAGGCGGCCACGAAG